AUGACUCCCAACAGCGAGAACGCCAUGGCUCGGUUUUUGCUGGCAAUACUGAACCAGAAGAACCUUAAGGACAUCGACUGGAACCAAGUCGCUGCGGACCCUGUCCUUCUUCAACCUAUCACCAACGGCCAUGCUGCGAGGAUGCGCUUUGCCCGCUUCCGUGCCACUGUCACUGGCCACGAACCACAAAAGAGAACUCGUCCUGCCGACAAGUGCCGGGUAACGAAGACAAAGAAGCCGCAACAACCCAAGCGUGAGACUGUUGGCAAGACCGAUUCAAGAGUCGAUCUCGCGUCUUAUGCUCAGGUCCACCAAAGUCCUCUCAUCAAGCAGGAGCAAAACCAUGGUUAUCUGGCGCAGUUUUCGCCCGCUUCGACCUCAUCUCCCUAUCUCACCGACAACCGAGGAGACGACUUCAACACUCGGUUCCUUACUCCUUGCAGUGAUGACAUGACUCAGGGACUUGCCAUCAACCCUGCUUCUCUCGAAGAUCUGAGAAUGCGUAAUGGCUUUGGUCCUUCAAUGGACACUGCCCCUGACUUUAUGCCUCCGCCUACUCACGACCCCAUCGCCAUGGGACAAUCUCCUUUCCAUACGUUUGACGCCGCUUACGACUUGACGUCUUACAAGUCUGCUAUCGGUGAUGUCCAGAGCCCAACUGCCCUGGACCUCACCGGCGGUCCUACUUUUACGGACUGCAACCCUGACUGGUCCGAUCAGUUCGGUGACCAUUCCUUUUGA